GCCAUCCAAAUGAUCCAAAAAGGUGUCCAUUCUUGUGGCUAUCAUUUGGGUUUUUGGUUGUGGAUUCUCCUUCUCCAAGAGGAUGUGGAGCUGGCUCUGGAAGCCAGGGAUGGACGGUUGACUUCCACUGUUUCCUGGUCAUCACUGUGCAUGCGGGACACGCUGUAGAACAGCUCCCACUGGCUGGCAAUGCUAAGCAGGUGUGGAGGGGAGUCAGAGACCCCCGGAUGGAGGGGUCUGGAGGACCUCAGUUUUGAGGCCGAGAGUCCUCUGGCGCCCCCCACAGAGCUCCUGGAGAGACUGCCCAGCUAUGACUGGCUUUUUCAAGGGGGCAGAGGACAGAUAUUCUUCCCGCCUUUGGAGGCCCCGGGGAGGCCCCUGGAGCAAAGGUCCUGGCCCUCGUUCCUGCAACACAGAGUCCCUGUGAUGACGGAGGAGGUGGCGCGGGAAGCCCUCCUCAGCUUUGUGAACUCUAAAUGCUGCUACAGCAGCACAGUGGCUGGAGACCUCGUCAUCCGGGAGCUGAAGCAGCAGACCCUCUGCAGGUAUCGUCUGGAGACCUUUAGUGAAUCCAGGAUAAGCGAGUGGACAUUUCAACCCUUUACUAACCACUCUGUGGAUGGGCCGCAAAGAGGCGCCUCCCCCAGGCUCUGGGACAUCAAGGUUCAGGUUCCUCCGAUGUUUCAGGAAGACACCAGGAAGUUCCAGGUCCCUCACUCAUCACUGGUCAAGGAAUGCCACAAAUGCCACGGGCGUGGGCGGUACAAGUGCAGCAGCUGCCACGGGGCGGGCACGGUGCGCUGCCCGUCCUGCUGUGGAGCCAAGCGCAAAGCCAAGCAGUCCCGGAGGUGUCAGCUGUGCGCGGGGUCCGGCAGGCGAAGAUGCAGCACCUGCUCAGGGAGAGGGAAUAAGACCUGCGCCACCUGCAAGGGGGAGAAGAAGCUGUUGCACUUCAUCCAACUGGUCAUCAUGUGGAAGAACAGCUUGUUUGAGUUUGUGUCUGAGCACCGGCUUAACUGCCCUAGGGAGCUCCUUGCUAAAGCCAAAGGAGAAAACCUCUUUAAGGAUGAAAACUCAGCGGUGUACCCCAUUGUGGACUUCCCCCUGCGAGACAUCUCUCUGGCCUCCCAGAGGGGCAUUGCAGAGCACAGCGCUGCCUUGGCCUCCCGUGCCCGCGUUCUGCAGCAGCGCCAGACCAUUGAGCUGAUCCCCCUCACAGAAGUUCACUAUUGGUACCAAGGAAAGACUUAUGUCUACUACAUCUAUGGCACUGACCACCAGGUGUAUGCAGUGGACUAUCCUGAGCGGUAUUGCUGUGGCUGUACCAUCGUGUGACAUAGCAUAGCUGUCCCCAGAGCCUGCCAUUCACGUUUGCCAAGGAGGAUAACCGACACUCUCAGAGUGUGUUCACUGUUGGCUGCAUUGGACAAUCACAUACAAACCCUGGCAUGUCCUUCCAGAAAAACCAGCUUAUCAUCUAUCAAGCUCCAACUCCUUAUGCAGCUCCUCUGGUGGAAUCCAUCACUCAUAUGUUUAACCUAAAAUAAUUCAGCUACACAUUCCUGUAGAACAAAUGAGAGAAAUAAUUUAAAUGGCAAGGUCUUUGCCUCUGGUCUCCAAGUUAAUGCCCCGAUGAAGCAUGUAAUUUGAUUUUGCUUUUUCCCUUUGUCGGUCUUGGUUCUGUUGUGCUUCUUCUAGUGGGAGCCUCUUGACAAUCUGAGUGUUGCUGAAAUGUUCAAGGAUACACACAAAUAUCUGGCCUUAAUGCACAAUAAAUAGGGCAUUUAGGCAUAAAGUGCAAUAUGUUACUGCCCA